AUGGCUCACAAUCCAAUCAUCGAUCAUUAAUCGAACAGCACAGAUCAUUCAAUUGAAAAUUUGUCUGAUCAAAAUUCAGAAGAAUCUUUUGAGAUCGUCUAGCGAAAAUUUAGAAACAAAAAGUGCUAUUAAGAGGAGGAACCUCUGAAAAAGAAGAAGGACCUUUGCCGAAAUUAUUAAAUUAAUGGUAGUUGUAAAUAUGGAGAUCAAGUAAUUUUGUUUAAAUCUUAAUUAGUGUUUUUUUAUACAUACCCCCGCAAAAACUGAAAACAACAGUUAUUCCACAGCCUCUACUAAGACUAAGCCUUGUAAGCGCUAUUUUAGUGGGUUUUGCUGUUUUGGACCUAAAUGUUAGUUUUUACAUAAUGAAUGUAUUGAUCUUGUAGAAUAGAGGGAAUUCGUAGAAAAGCAAUUCAAAGAAUUGAAAUUGAUGGUUCCUUUGCAUCCAAGUAAGUGUAGAAAGCUAAUUUCUAGAAAAACUAGAUUAAUCUACAAGGUUCGAUUUAUAGAGAUUUCAUCAUCUUUAUAAAAUAUUCGGAAGGAAACUGAACUUCAAAAGAGAUGAUUUGGUAAUGAACAACUGUAAAAGGUAUUGAGUGAAUUGAUAAAUAGUCGAUUAAAAAUAUUUAUAUCAGUUUGUAGAAAGUAGGAUAGAUUUGAAUAAUUGUUGAUGUCUAAUAAUACUAGUAGAAAGGAGAGUGAGCAAUGUUGA